AUGCCCGGAACUAUCGCUGUGAUCCAAGACGUAGAUGAAGAUAAAAACUACGAAUCAAUUUCCUUGCUAUGGCUCGACGCAAAUGUAAAUACGAGCAACAACAAUCUUAUCACACAGAAGAAGCUGCGAGCUGCGGUUAAUUUUCUUCGAACGUUCAACAACCCGAAUGAUUGUGCAGAGUGGAUGCAGAGACGUCAAGUUACUGCUGCCGACGACAAAAUUAUACUAAUCGUGUCAGGCGAAUUAGGCAGAGACUUCGUUCCCGAAAUUCAUGAAUUACCACAGUUGAUAGCUGUAUUUGUCUACUGCAUGGACAAGGUGGUGAAUGAACAAUGGGCUAAAAAUCAUUCAAAAGUGCUAGCUGUUUUAACGGAUUCAAAUGAACUCGUGUCAGUCGUAAAAUCAAAUCAGGAAAAAUUUCAGAAAUUAGAAGAGCUAUCAUCUCUACCACUAUCGGUUUACGAUUCGUCUGCAGCUUCUUCUUCAAAAACGGAAAAUUCAUCUUCCGGUUUGAAUGGUGACUUCCUGUGGUUUCAGUUCUUUAUCGAAGUGUUGCUUCGAAUGGAUAAAAUGGAAGAAGAUCGUCAGGAACUUGUGCAGUUAUGUCAAAAAACGCAAGCUGGAAACGCAACUCAGUUGCAAAUUGUUAAGGAAUUCGAAGAAAUGUAUCAUCCCGGUAAUGCAGCAUGGUGGUACACGCGCCAAUCUUGUAUCUAUCGUAUGCUAAAUAAAGCUUUAAGGUGUCAAGAUUUAGAUACACUACUUGCCUUCCGAUCGUUUAUCACUGACUUGUUCAGACAACUGAACGAUCUGCAAAAUAACGCCGACUUAUCAUCUUUACAGCAGCUUUAUCGAGGUCAGCUUAUGUCAAAACAAGAACUAGAUCGAAUGAAAUCGUCUGUGGGAAAAUACAUUUCUAUGAACAGUUUUUUGUCAACGACUCUCGACAGGCAGGUGGCAGUUCGGUUCCUUAGACAGCCAAAGGAUGGACUGGGACCGGUGCUUUUUGAAAUUGAAAUUGAUCCGUUGUUACAGGAUGCUAAACCUUUCGCAGAUAUCGCACCCGUCAGUUAUUUUAAAAACGAGAAAGAAAUUCUUUUCAUGCUUGGAUCGAUCUUUAAAAUUCUAUCUAUUACAGAGUCAGACGGAAUAUCGAUUAUAAAACUGAGUUUAUGUGGACAAAAUGAACAUGAACUAAAAGAGCUGUGGGCUCGUUUCACGCAAGAAAUAAAUUUACCGGCAUUACCGUCAAUAACUCUUAUGCAUGUUGGCAAUGUAUUGAGGGAAAUGGGUGAAUAUGACAAAGCGGCAAAAUGUUAUAAACGUCAGUUAGAUCGAUUAGCUGAUAAAAACACUCCAGAGGCUGCAGAGUGUUACCGUGGUCUUGGUAGAGGCGCUCAGCACAGAGGUGACUACGAUCUAGCAAUUAGCUAUCAUGAAAAGGCAUUAGAAAUUAACUCGAAUAUGUCAAGCAAUGAUGACCGUGUAGCUACUGCUUAUGGUAAUCUUGCGCUUGCGUAUGGAGAGAAGAAAGACUAUAAAAAGGCAUUAGAAUACCAUCAGAAAUGUUUAGAAAUAGAAGAAAAAGUCUAUGGCGCGCAGAGUGAGGAAAUUGCUCUUACCUAUAACAACAUGGGCGCAGAUUAUCAGGAUCAAGGCGAGUAUGACAAUGCUUUGGUGUCUUACAAGCACGCAUUAGAAAUCUACAUCAAGUGCUUGCCUGCCGACCACUACUCGAUUGGUUUGGCUUGUAUGAAUAUUGGUGACACUUAUUACGGCAUAAAACAGUAUUCAACAGCUUUAGAAUAUCUGGAAAGAGGUUUACAAAUCUUCAACAAAUCUCUUCCCGAAGUUCACGAAUGGAAAGCGUCAAUCUAUAACUAUUUUGGCCGAGUAUACGAAGAUACAAGCAAAUUAGAUCUGGCGCUAGAAUACUAUAUCAAAGCUGAGGGAAUUUAUACUCAUCUUAAAAUGACUGACGCUCAUCAAACUUGCUUUGAGAAUCGACAGCACUUGGCUGACGUCAAAGCAAAGCUAGAAUGA